AGAGCGAGAGCAUGUGUUAAUUCCGCGCUGGAACCUGCUGGAACGGUUGCCCGUACAUCUUAUCUUAUCUCUUCUUAGAUCCGAUCCCCCCGAUUCCCGACGUUGCCGCCAGAAGCCGCCAGAUCACGCCGCCGAAACUCCUCCUUCUCGCCAACGUUCCCAACGAUGGCUAGCACUCCCUCCUGGCCACAAUCGCUACCGGAGCGCAGGACUGCGCGAAUCGUCAAAAGCGCACGGCGGCAAUGUCGCAGGGCGUUCAAAGGCAUCAUGCGCUCCUACCGUUUGAAAAUCCCGAAGUAUGACAUGCCUCUGCGAAUACGACCUUGGUUUAUCCUCAUAACAGUUCUCAUCAUGCUCAUUCUCGCGCUUCUGGGGUUCACAAACCUUGCCCAUGCACUCCCUAUAAACGACAAGCUACUUCAUUUCUUUUGCUUGGGGAUCGCCACCGGAGUGUUUUACUUUAUCUUCGACGUAGAAGAAGAAUCGCGCAGAAUUUGGUUCUGGCGCCAUUCACCGCUCAUGCUGACUGCGCUGAUUUGUUUCUUUGUCGGCGGUGUCAUGAGCGAAUUCAUUCAAUCUAUGCUUCCGUACAAGGAAUUCCAGUUUGGAGAUAUCGUAGCGAAUCUCUUGGGAUCAUCCAUAGGCCUCUAUACAGCCUAUUACCUCGAGCGGUACUAUCGUCAGCGCCGUGAGAUAUCACGACUGUAUCGUCCCCUCUCCGCAUCGCUUUCAUCUAUCCACCUUCCAGACGACACGGAAGAAGAGAACGAUCUCGAGUCAGGCACGCAGCUCCUACCUCUCCAUCUCCCUGGCCGAAAGGGUAGGACAAAGGGGAAGGGCCGGGUGAGGUCGGACAGCCUCGCGAUGGCAGAUGUGUGGGACGAGCGAGAAGAGCUGUUUGGUGUCGGAGAUGAUGAUAGUGAC